GAUCAUCGGCCCCGCAGCGUAGAUUCCUAGAACAUAAAGGACGCGACCAACUACCGUUUUAACGUGGGCACGAAGGACUCGAGCUUCCUUUCCACAACAUAUCCCGCAAAUCUCUAACUUAUGAACAGCAGCGCGCCAUUGGCCAGAUCAAGAGCCGUCAAAAAUCAAAGGGACCAAAAGUUGACUUGUAGUCAAUGCCCGUACUUUUGUUCACGAUCUCACAAUAAGCAACCUUCUCUGAACACCGCUCCCCUUGAAAAAUGGACUAAUAAGCUACGCGGGAGAGUCGGACUUCGGCCAGAAGGCAACGAGAAGAGUCGCGUUUUUUUCCACACUACAUUUUCUUCUUACAUAAGAAGAAAGAGACGGAAAACCGUAGGCAAAAGCAAAAGACAGUAGUACGAGCAGAAGAAGGUACAAAACAGAAGGGGGGAGAGAGAGGGAUUUUCCAAAGCUUGAAACAAUGGCGUCUCCAUCGUCUCCAACGGCGUCGUGUAACUCUUCGAAUUCGUCAUCCUUUCCGUCCUCCAAGUUCUUGUCUCUUCCCGUCAUGGCGCUCAAGACGAGAAUCGUUGAGAAAAUACUCGAGAAUCGCGUCACUCUCAUCGUCGGCGAAACCGGCUGCGGGAAGAGCUCUCAAGUUCCACAAUUCCUGUUGGAGGAAAACAUGGCUCCUGUUUUAUGCACACAGCCAAGGAGAUUCGCUGUUGUAACAGUUGCCAAAAUGGUUGCAAAAGCCCGAAAAUGUGAGCUGGGUGAGGAGGUUGGAUACCAUAUAGGUCAUUCAAAGCUUCUAUCUUCUAGAACAAAGAUUGUUUUCAAAACUGCUGGAGUUUUGUUGGAUGAAAUGCGAGAUAAGGGGUUCCACGCACUUAAAUACAAGGUUAUUAUUCUUGAUGAAGUGCAUGAAAGAUCUGUUGAGUCUGAUCUUGUCCUUGUUUGUGUGAAGCAAUUUCUGCUGAAGAACAAAGACCUGAGGGUGGUAUUGAUGUCUGCAACUGCUGAUAUUGGAAGAUACAAGGAUUACUUCAGGGACCUUGGAAGAGGUGAAAGAGUUGAGGUGCUGGCAAUUCCCAGCUCUAACCAGAAAGACAUUUUCCAGCGACAAGUUUCAUAUCUUGAACAGGUGACUGAUUUUCUUGGAAUCAAUUCAGAGUUAAUAACUUCAAGAUAUUGUCCUGGUCCAUGUCCUUCCAUGACAGAUGCUGAAAUCAAGCCUGAAGUGCACAAACUUAUUCAUGAAUUAGUGUUGUACAUCCAUGAAAAUGAGCCCGACAUUGAAAAGAGCGUUUUGGUUUUUCUUCCAACAUACUAUGCCCUUGAGCAGCAAUGGCACCUUUUGAAGCCAUUUAGUUUAUCCUUUAAGGUUCACAUUUUACAUCGUAGUGUUGACACUGAACAAGCUCUUAUGGCUAUGAAAAUCUGGAAAUCUCAUCGUAAGGUAAUACUGGCCACAAAUAUUGCAGAAUCAUCUGUGACAAUACCCAAAGUGGCAUUCGUUAUUGAUUCAUGCCGGUCUUUACAAGUCUUUUGGGACACUGCAAGAAGAAAGGAUUCAACAGAGCUUGUUUGGGUUUCUAAGUCUCAGGCUGAGCAACGUAGAGGUAGAACUGGUCGUACUUGUGAUGGCCAUGUAUAUCGGUUGGUUACACAAUCAUUUUUUGGCAACCUUGAGGAUUUUGAGUGUCCAGCAAUACUGAGGUUGUCAUUGAGGCAGCAAGUGCUUCAUAUUUGCUGUGCUGAAUCCAGAGCCAUUAAUGAUCCCAAAGCUUUGUUGCAGAAGGCUCUGGACCCUCCAGAUCCAGAAGUUGUUGAAGAUGCAUUGAGAUUGCUAGUUCAUGUGAAAGCACUAGAAAAAACAUCUUCAAGGGGCCGGUAUGAGCCCACAUUUUAUGGACAGCUGCUCGCCAGUUUCACAUUGUCUCUUGAUGCAUCCGUGCUAGUAGUCAAGUUUGGGGAAGUAGGGAUGUUGCGUGAAGGCAUUCUUCUGGGCAUAUUGAUGGAUACUCUACCUCUACCCAUUCUUCAUCCUUUUGGGGAUGAGCAUUUGUUUACAGAGUACAAAAACUGCUAUUUUUGUGGAGAUAGUGACAACAUUGUCCUAACUGGUCGAAAGGAGAUUGCAUUCUUAGCAAACUUAUGUGCAUUUCAGUUUUGGCAACGUGUUUUUAAGGAUAAGCAUCGUCUUGAACAUUUGAAACGGCUGCUGAACUUUGAAGAAAUGGAACCUGCAACAUUAAUGCUGCCCAAGCUUGAAGAAGAAUGGUGCUCUUUCCAUCAUCUUGUGCAGUCAUCACUGCACCAUGUCUCUGAAAUGUAUGAAGAAGUACUAAAUUCCAUUCACCGUUUCCGGCCUAACUUUCUGGCUGCAUCAAAUGGCAUACCAACCUACUAUUCUCCUUAUGAAUUUGGACACACUUGCCUUCUUCAAUGUCAGCCACAGGAAGAAACAGAUGCACUUUCUUCAAGUGAUGAACCACUUGAGCAAUCUUUUGAAACAAGGAAAUGUCUUGCUGUACCCUUUGUUGCUUCUGAUCACUUUCAGUCCAAUGAUGUGGCUGAAAAUUUGGCAAAUACUAUUAAGGAGAUAAGAGUUCAAUACGCAGAAGACACUUCUGGUAGUCACCAGGCAAUUAUUAGUGACUAUGAUUCACAUGCCAAUGGGGGGACUCUUCUGUGUGUCUAUUUCGUAAAUGGACGUUGCAACAGGGGUAGUCUGUGCAGAUUUUCUCAUUCACUCCAAGCAAAAAAACCAGCUUGCAAGUUCUUUUUCUCUCUGCAGGGUUGUAGGAACGGAGAUUUGUGUUCCUUCUCUCAUGAUUCACAUCACUCAAUCUCAUCAUAUAGCUCAAAUGUAUGUAUGCCAGAAGAUGAUCAUGCUGAUGCAUCAUCUCUUCUACGAUUAUUACCAACCUCUUCUGAUGGAUGCGUCCUUUUGUUAGAUGACAACAGUAUGCAUUUCACCUCAAAUCUUGCUAACCACUGCAAGCCAUCAAGAAUUAUCUCCACUACGAGUUUGACAGAAACAUCCAUAAGUGACCCGUUACUGACUAGUGUCAAAAUCCUAUGGGGCCUCCAGCAUCCUUACCAGACCAUCAUUUCGAAUACAGGGGAGAACCCAAUACCAUGGAAUGAAGUCAAGCUCGUGCUAUGGUUUCCUUAUCUGGAUGGUCAUAGUGAAAGUUUGGCUGGGCAGAAAAAUCUUGUGCAGAACUUUUUUGAGUAUCUGGCUAUCCGAAUAUUAAGCGAUGCCUUAUUUGAGGUUAAAGUAAUCCUUGCCAUGAACAACAUCAAAUUUUCACAACUACAGGUGGAAAAUUUGGCAAGAGACAGCUUCUUCUUCCUGACCGAGUCAUUUCCAUUUGAUGAGAAAAGCUUUGGGGAGCUGUUGGAUACGGUAACAGUUAACAAGCCAAUGUUGGCAUCGAGGCCUAUCUCGUAUGUGUUUGAUCUGCACCCACCCAGUGAUAUCCAGUCUGGUGACUAUGCCUCUGUGCUUCACAAAUAUCUAUAUGACCGGAAAACGUCUUAAAAAUUCAUACCUUCGGUUGCAGUAGUUAUUAAUCCUUUAUAACUAUUUUGCUCGUAAAUAUAUCUAGUUGUAUAGUAAUUUAAAAUCGCCAUCAUCCUAGUACUCUCAAAACAUUUACUCCUAUAUGGUUUUUUUAUAGACUUUGUUUGCUUAUUAAGUGUCGUCGACACGCAUUUGUUGAGGUACGCAUUGAGUUAGUGUUUUUUAACCAAUGCAAGUUUUCCUUCGUUCGGUUGGUGCCUACGGCUUGUAAGGCAAAUUCUUGAAUAGCAAAUUAAAAAAGGGGGAAAAGAAAUGAAAAAGGCGGGAUAUGGGUGGAAGAUAAAUCA